GAGAGAGAGAGGAGACAGAAGCCACGGCAUCUGAAGGGCAGGAACUUGCAGAUGAGGAAACAGGCUCAGGAGGACCAGUCACUUGCCCAAGAUCCUACAGCUAAGAGAAAAACUGUGUCCUAUCUCUGGUCGGCUUCAUAUCAGAAAUGGAAGCAAACAACAGCAGCAGCAAGAACUGCAUGAUUGAAAGCUUCAAGAAAGAAUUUUACCCAGUUGCAUACCUGAUAAUAUUUGUCUGGGGAGCCUUGGGAAAUGGCUUGUCAAUUUAUGUUUUCCUGCAGACUUAUAAGAAGUCCACUUCUGUGAAUGUUUUUAUGCUCAACCUGGCCAUGUCAGAUCUCCUAUUCAUAAGCACUCUGCCCUUCAGGGCUCAUUACUACUUGAACAGCUCCAACUGGAUAUUUGGGGACCUGGCCUGCCGGAUUAUGUCUUAUUCCUUGUAUGUCAACAUGUACACGAGCAUUUAUUUCCUAACUGUGCUGAGUGUUGUGCGGUUCCUGGCCACCGUGCACCCCUUCCGGCUUCUCCAUGUCACCAGCUUUAGAAGUGCUUGGAUCCUAUGUGGGGUCAUAUGGCUCUUUAUCAUGGCUUCCUCAGCUUUGCUUCUGAAGAGUGGCUCUGAGCUUAAGAACAACAUCACAACAUGCUUGGAGCUGGAUUCCCAGAAGUUUGGUAAGCUGCUGAUCAUGAACCACAUUGCCCUGGCUGUAGGCUUCCUGCUGCCAUUCUGCACUCUCAGCCUGUGUUACCUGCUCAUCAUUCGGGUCCUGUUAAAGGUGGAGAUCCCAGAAUCAAGCUUACGAGCUUCUCACAGGAAAGCACUGACCACCAUCAUCAUUGCCCUGAUCAUCUUCCUCCUGUGUUUCCUGCCUUACCAUACACUGAGGACCCUCCAUCUGAUCACAUGGAAUAAGGAUUCAUGUGGAGAUGGGCUGCACAAAGCUGUAGUUAUCACACUGGCCUUGGCAGCAGCUAAUAGUUGCUUCAAUCCUUUUCUCUAUUACUUUGCUGGGGAGAAUUUCAAGGAUAAAUUGAGGGCUGUAUUCAUAAGAGACCGCCUGCAGAAGGCAAAGAUAAAGUGCAGUUUUCCCGUUUGUCUGUGACUGAAAACAGAAACAAGACUGUAAGGAGUUAGUAGGUGAAACUUGUUCACAUGUCUUGUGCCCUUCAUUUACUCAUAGUCUCUGAAUUACUUUGUACUUGCAUCAUUCCCAACUGAUGUUGAUCUCCACGUUUAAUUGACUAUGACUUUUGUUAAUAAGGCCUAC